UUGCAGCUGAACAGGACAGGGCCCAGGGGGCCUAGGACAGUCUCCCCACUCCAGAGCCCUUUUCCCCUGGGCGCUCCUCCCUUGUCACUUCUACUCCACCCCUUACUAAACUUCCUGGACCGGAACUUGUGGCUUGUCCCUGGCCCAAUUCAGAGUAGGAGUGAAUUUGGCCUGAGGAGUAGGGGAAGCAAGUAAAAUGGAGCCUAGCUGGUCAGCGCCUGGGCCAGCUGGCUGCGGGUCUCGAGGGGCCGCGGGGCCGGGGACAGCGGCGGAGCUCGUGUACCAUCUCGCGGGGGCCCUGGGCACUGAGCUGCAGGAGCUGGCGCGUCGUUUCGGUCCAGAGGCCGCGGCCGGGCUGGUGCCGCUCGUGGUCCGGGCCCUGGAGCUCCUGGAGAAGGCCGCCGUGGGGCCCGCCCCGGACUCGCUACAGGUGUCGGCGCAGCAGGCCGAAGUGGAGCUGCGGCGGCUGCGGGAGGAGAACGAGCACCUCCGCCAGGAGCUGCGCUCGGGGCCGCAGGAGGAGCGCGCGCUGCUACGGCAGCUCAAGGAGGUGACUGACCGACAGCGCGACGAACUCCGCGCGCACAGCCGCGACCUGCUGCAGCGCAGCCAGGAGACAGAGGCCUUGCAGGAGCAGCUGCAGCGCCUUCUGCUGGUGAACGCGGAGCUUCGGCACAAGCUGGCAGCCGUGCAGGCCCAGCUGCGGGUGGCUCAGGACCGCGAGAGGGAGCGCGAGCUUUCUCGGGAAGGCGCCGGUGAGCUGGCUGGAGACCAGAAGCAGGAGCCCGAACGGGCAGCCCCUGAACACCCGGUGGAUGCACCAGAGCAGCCAGGGAGUCCCUUGCAGGGAGGCCAGUGCGGCUUCAGCCGGGAGGAGGUUGAACAGAUUCUUCAGGAGCGGAAUGAGCUUAAGGCCAAUGUGUUCCUGCUCAAGGAGGAGUUGGCCUACUUCCAGCGGGAACUGCUCACAGACCACAGGGUCCCUGGACUUCUGCUUGAAGCCAUGAAAGUGGCUGUCAGGAAACAGCGGAAGAAGAUCAAGGCCAAGAUGUUAGGGACACCAGAGGAACCAGAGAGCAGUGAUGAUGAAGAUGGCUCAUGGCUCCUGCUCUCCAUGGAUAAGGAAGAUCACCCUCCACCCACCGAGUCCAGAAUACAGAGUUUCUUUAGCUUGUGGUAUCGGGGUCAAGCAGAGGCCCCUGACGCUGAGACCAGCAGCAAGCUAGGAGAAGAAGAGGAAGCCCCCCAGCAACCUCUCCUGGAGCCUGUGGGCGCUCCUCCAGCCCCCACCUCCUGACUGUCCUUCGCUGCUCAUGAUGAACAUGUUGGUCUGAGGGCCCAGCUGCCCAAGAUGCCUGACUUCAGGGUUUGGCUGGAAGUGGAUGUGUGACUUCAAAUGAAGAGAGGGGACCCCCUUCACACCUGUCUCCAGGGCUCAUCUGCAGUCAGUUAUGGCCGUUGCAUUGGGGAUUUUAGGCUGCCUCACUCCCCACCAUGUGUGUAUCCCAUCUGGGGGCCAGACGUAAAGGUGGCUUGUAUCAGGUCCAGUUUCCCCAUCCAGGAGAGAGAACUGACGGCCUACCUCCCAGGAGUUUUGUACAAGCCUCAGCUAAUAUAAUAAAAGUAUCUGUC